GCAGCCGGGUGUGUAAACAAGCACAACGAGGUGGAUAAGAAAGCUUUUCAGUGAGGCCGCAGCCCAUUCUCACCUGAGUUUGCUUGAGCUCUAAGACACAGAAGUCUCCUGAGUAUCUCCCAGUCCUGCAGGUUCAGAAAACUACUGAUGUCAGGAACAGCAAGGCAUGAUCAAGAGAUGGUAAUCAAAGCAAAAAUAGAGCUGUCCAAAACCACUGACCCUUUAGAAAAACUUCGCCUCCAGUGUUUAGCGAGGGGAUCUGCAGGCAUCAAAGGACUUGCCAGAAUAUUUAGGAUUAUUGAUAGGGACAACAGCGGAACCCUUGAUUUCAAUGAGUUUCUGAGAGGACUACAAUAUUACGCUGUGAUGAUCGAUAAGGAAGAAGCAAAACAACUUUUUCAGACAUUUGAUAAAGACGGCAGUGGAACAAUGGAUUUUGAUGAAUUUAUUGUUACACUGAGACCUCCCAUGUCCAAUGCAAGAAAAGAGGUUAUCCUGCAGGCAUUUCAGAAGUUAGACAAGACUGGAGAUGGUGUCAUAACAAUUGACGACUUACGUGGGGUGUAUAAUGGAAAAUAUCAUCCCAAAUACUUAAAUGGAGACUGGACAGAAGAUCAAGUUUUUAGAGCCUUUCUUGAUAAUUUUGAUUCACCCUAUGAUAAAGAUGGGAAGGUCACAACAGAAGAAUUUCUUAAUUACUAUGCCGGAGUCAGCGCUUCAAUUGAUACAGAUGUGUACUUUAUCCUCAUGAUGAAGAAUGCAUGGAAACUCUGAUCACACAGUUAAAGAAGCAAGACUUUUCUUUCACUCUUUAUAGAUUCCUCUGAUUAAAUCUAUGCACAACAACACCCUCUUGUUCCAUAACAACAGUUCCAAGCAACUAUGCCAAUUACAUUCAAUCUGCAGACCCCAGGGGAUCAGAGAAUAGAUCUGGCAUUUGGCUGCCCCACACAUCUGUCCUUUUUCUCUUUGCAUUCCUGGUCUUUUCCAAGAUGAGCUUCUCUAUUCUUUUCUGACAUCUACAGUAGGUCGCUGUGGCUCCUUGCAAUGUUAGCUACAGCUCUGUUUGGCAGAGAAUGUAAGAGAUGGAAACCAAAAUAUUCUGAAAGUGUGGCGAUGUUGGACAGGCUGUUAUAAAUGGAAGAAAGUCUGUCAUAUAGACGUGUCGCCUGUAGCACUACAGUAUCUCUUGGUUUCAUGGGUUUCGCUAGUGUGAUGGAGCACCUGCUGAUCUUGCUGCAGGGAAGAUGUGAGUUCCCAGUACUGGGAGGCUGGAGGGGUAAUCGAAGAAGGGGAGACAUGGACCAGCAUAAAUGCAAAAUGCUUUUUAAAGCCCUGUUUUUUCCCCCUGUGUGAAGUUAGACCUCUGGUGCUUUGAGGCACUAACUUCAUCAGGUUAUCUUCCUAACAUACAGUAAAUUCAUGAAUACAAGCCGCACUGAGUAUAAGCUGCAUCUCUGGGUGUUGGCAAAUAUU